GCGGCCGCCCGCAGAAACCAGCCCUGAGCCGCGCGGGGGACUCUGUCCGGGCGCGGGGCCACAUGGAAGCCCCAAACAGCGCAGGUUUUUGUGUAUGUGUGUGUGUGUGUGUUUUCGCUUCCCCCAACUUUCGCGGGAAGCGCCCGAGUGGGCGGGGAACGAGGGGCUGAGUCGCGAAAAAAAACCCCUUUCGAGAUUGCGUGGCUUCUCCUCUGCCAGAAAGGCGCAGCGGCGGGAGAAAUCGUUCCGGGUGGCCCCCCAUUUACCGCCUACUCGAGUUGGUCUCGAAAAGUUUUGAAGAGGUUUCGGAGAGGGAGGAGCAAAGAGACCCAGCGCCUGAUUUCCCCUUUUAUUUUAUUUUUUAUUUUAUUUCGCCUUCGUCGGGUCCCAGAUUUUUUUUUUUUUAUUAUUAUUUUUUUGCCCGUCGAAACGAAGGUGGUGGGACGAGGGCGAUGGAGCUUCCCUCGUGAAAACUUUCCUACCAGCCCGGCGCUAGACGAGGACCACAAGAAGGGAGGAAAAAGAAGAAUACCGCCCCAGAGGAUGCUAACUGAAACCAAGUAAUGCCAACAUGAAUUGAUGAUAUGUGUAAGAAAUCUCCAUGCCAUUAUCAAGGGAAGAGCAAGUCGUAUUAGAAAUAUAUGUUCCCUGUAAAAUGGCUGCUUUUGUUUGAAAGGAAAAACCAAGAGGAGAUACUUUCCAUACACGGAGAUUAAUCUCAAAAUGACUUCUUGUUUUACUGAUGUUUUAGAUUAGAUCUUUCAUAAUUCUGGAAGGACAUAUGGAACUAGAGGAUGUUAUAUGAGAUUCAGAUGUGGUGCUGUCAAUGGAAAAGGAAGUCACAUUUAUUUUUUCUGUUCAUACUCAGUCUUCUGUGCAUACAGAUCUCAGCUCAAGAAUGCUCAGAGUGUCGUAUGGUGCUGUCCAAUCCCACAGGAAGUUUUACCUCUCCUUGCUUCCCCAAUAAUUAUCCCAACAAUCAGGCAUGCAAGUGGACCAUCAGGGCUCCUUCUGGAUACAUCAUUCAGAUAACAUUUGUUGAUUUUGAUAUUGAAGAAGCUUCUGGUUGUACGUACGAUCAUGUAACUUUGGACACUGGAGACAAAAGAGAUUCCUAUUGUGGUAUGACUGCCAAAGGUUUAUCAUUUAACUCAUCUAGGAAUGAAAUGAUUCUAACUUUUAAAAGUGACUUUAGUAUUCAAAAAAAAGGCUUCAGUGCCACUUAUACCCGAAUUGCUGUAUCUUUGAAGAAUCAAAAGGUUGUCAUUCCGCAAUUUCUAGAUUCUGAUUCUGUGUCUCUGGCAAAUUCUAUCCAAGUCCCAGAACUUAAUCAGUUCACCCUCUGCUUUGAAGCAAGAGCAAACAACAGUAAUAACUAUGAAUGGAAGGCUUUCACUUACGGUGAUUCCUCUGUGGAAUUCUUCAGCUUUGGCAAAACAAAACAGGGGCACUUCAUUUUUAUCUCAGACUCACCGUGUUUUUUAAAUGAUGCACUUGACAUUGGUCCAGAUGACAACAUUUUCACAGAAACAUUUGAAGAGCUUUGCAUUGUUUGGGAUAGCUCAUCAGGCAUAGUAGGGAUAAAUAUCAAAGAGACGUAUAAAACAGUCCAUUGUUUAAAUACUUACGGAAAAGUGAUUCCUGGUAAUGGAAAAUUGGUUCUGAGUUCUGACAGAGAAGACAUAAACCCUCUACCUGGAGAUAUGUACAACUUCCGGCUUUGGAAUUUUACAAUGAAUUCCCAAUCACUUUUCAACCUCACCUGUGAUGAGAAAGGUAACAUUAUUGACUGGGAAAAUGAUUUCUGGAGUAUUCCAACAACAUUUCUAAAAGCGGAGAACAACUUGAGUUGUGGCUCAUAUCUUGUACCCUUGCCGACAGUUGAACCAACGGGCUGUACCACCACAGGAAACCUUUGCCAAGCUACUGUAAGUUCAACCACUCCAUCACCCACUGUUACCACUAACAUGCCUGAUACUAACAGAACCGAUAAAAUAAUGGAUGUCCUGCAGGAAAUGAAAAGUCCUGCCACAGUGGUCUUCAGAGUCAAGAGAAAUUCAGCUGACUCUUCUCAACCUAUUCAACAUUCGCAAGAAGAUUCUAAGAUAAGAGGCAUCAAAAACAUAGGAAUUAUAUCAACCCCAAUAGUUUGGCCUGUAAAACAGAGGCCUUUACACACCAAUAAAUUUACAAUAACUGAGAGAAAAAGUACACCUGGUUACUUCAUCACAAUAACUCCUGAGGUGAUAACAUCUGCUUCAAGAGAAAUGCAAACUAAUAGCUUUGGCCCUUUCACAGAACAAGUAAACAUAAACUAUAAUUCUUCCAUUGAGGUGUCGUACUUUAAUAACAUAUCAGGACAUUCUGAGAGUGUGUUAAGUGAGAGUAGUAUUUCACAGGAAACACCAACUCUCCCACUUGAUCACAUCAGGAAUUUAGGAUUCAAUAUUCAACAGGCUGGAAGUGUUGAGAUAGAAGAUUCUAGAUCAAACUUACUGUUCCCUUCACUGGUGAACAAGAACACUUUUUUUGAACUUACAGAAGACCUUCAGUGGAUGUUAUCUCCUAUUAGUUACACAUUUUCUCCUGUGUAUAAACACACUAACAAUUUCUUGCAGUCUUUGAGUACAUGGAAGGAAAAUGCAACUUAUGAGUAUUUUAUUUCCAGAAUUCCAGAAGAAAAUCUUUCUUCUCUUGUUCAUCAAUAUUUUCCUAAGGAAUUAGUUAAAGAAACAAUGCUUGGCUUACUAAACAAAUCACUUGAAAAUGUCUACUUGCAGCCCACAAAGAGACUUCUACAAGAGGAUUCUCUUAGGAAUGGCUUUUACAUUGUCGAUGACUUGCAGAUUACAAAAUUAAAUCACGUAAGAGACUAUAAUUCAGUACAUUUUAAAAAACAACUGUUUAAACACAGCACAAAUCCUUCUGGUUCAUUACAAAACAUGAAGGCCUGGUUUCCAGAUGUUAUGCCCAGAAUCCAUCCAACAGAAGUCUUCAUGUCAGUGGAAUAUAGUAGGGAAUUAUAUUUAUCAUCAGGGUUACCAAAAACAAGAGGCGGAAAUUCUGAAAUUCAGCCAACUGUUUCUGUUUCGCAUUUAUAUCAAGAAACAUACAAUAGGGCUUUUUUAAAAAGUGACUUUUUUGCAUUUAAUCCUCUCACUGAGCAGUUAGUUAAUUUAGAAGAACAGGAAGGUUCAUCUCUAGAAGAUGAAUUUGAGCUUCCAGAUAAGUUAAUUUCUUACAAUAAUGAUGUAUCUUCUUUUUCAUUUCUAUUGGAAGAUGUCAAGUCAAGGUCAAAAGUGAUUUCUGGAGCAGGAUAUGUAGAAAAUAAUACAUCUAGCAGUCCAUAUAAUGACAUUUCUUUUCUCACAAUUAAUGAUGUAAGUCUUCCAACACAGUACAUAAAUUCCUUUUGGACUAUGGUUAAUGAUUCUCCAGAAUCUACUGGAAGAUGGUUGUCCUCAUUUAAUCAAUCAUAUUCUUCCCUAACAGAGACAAUGUCUUUUUUCAUGUCUCCUACACAAAUAGAAUAUAUCACCAUGCAAACAGUUCCUUAUAAUAGACUAGUAGGUGAUAAUGUUUCAAAGUUACAUAUUUUUACUAAUACAUCAGAAGAGAAUUUUAGUUCAGUUUUUGCAAUGUACUCAUCAAGGAAUUCAGAUGUUAUUGAAGCAUCAAAAUCAGACCCUCUUAACAAAAAUGGAUCCGUAAAUGAUAUUUCAGCUGAUCAUGUUCCUUUAACUUCCCAGAUAACAUCUUUGAUUCAGCCUUCCUUGCAUUUACAGAUUAGUACUUACGAUAUAUUACAAGGAAGGUUUACUGAUGAUUUAAAAAUUACUGCCAAUUUAGCCAUGCAACAGACUACGGAGAAAAUCCCAAAUGAUCAACUAAUAACUUUUUUUCUAUCUGCUGAAACAGCAGCAACACCAUUUUUUGAAUCUUCCUGUACAGAAGAUGCCUGCAAAGUUUUAUCACUAAGUCCAACACAUUUUAAGGAACUGACACAUAAUGUAUAUAAAGACUUACAGACCAGUCAGUUUACAAGUGCUUCUGAUUAUAUGAAAAACGCAGCGCAUUCACAUAUGAAUAAUGCUUUUUUCGAAAAACAACAUGCACAAAUACCUGAUUUGUUUAUAAGGACAUUGCCUUUAGAAAUACUGCCUACUAAUACUCACGGAACAAUUACACAAUUUGGCAAACAUUCAGCAGCUUUAAUGAUUUCAGGCACUUCAAUUUCACAGAAUCUUCUAAAUAACCUUGAUCAACAUUUGUUGGAUUCAGAAUAUUUGUGGAACGAAAAGCCAGUUCAAGAAACAAGCACCAUGAAUAAAACAAAGCCUUCUGAAAAUGAUCCAAACAAUUUAGAAAGCAAAGACACACUCCUUCUUCAACCUGGUCAUGUGGAAGAGUUUGGUGAUAUGGAUCACAAAAAUAUUGAUACGAAACUAAAAGUUACUGUUUCAAAACAAGAAUCGAUUGUUUGGAAAGUGCAUGGUUCUAGCAGGUCAAUUGAUGAUCCCAUUAAGAAAGGAUUGUCAUCUUUGAAUCCAAGUAAUGUUAGUCUGACUGAUUUUUAUGACCAGGCAAUUUCUUCAUCUUUUGAAGACUUGAAAUAUGAAACAAUAGUAAACUAUUCUUCCCUUUUGGAACAAGCCACAAUUUCAGUAGUUACUGAUGUGAUGGUUCAAUCUUCCUUGUUGAAUGAAUCUAUUCAGUAUUUUGAUGAAAAUGUAUCAAACAGUGGAAUGAUAUUCCAUAAUCACAACUCAGAAGUUCAAAACGCAGUGGAUAUAUCAGUUCAUGAAACUGCUGUGACCAAUAUAGCACCAGAAGCGAAUCAAAGUAUUGUGUUCAAAACAACGUUGACUCCCAGCAGCAAAUACCUUUUGACUUAUUUUUUAUGUAAUUCCUUCAUGGACCGGGACUGCCCAUGUGGACCUGAGGUCAAACACAGUAGGUCAAAACAUGAGCUAGAUGUAGAAUGAAAAAAUAUCUUAUCUGCUAGAUGUAUAAAUAGAGCUUAGAAUUACUGGUGCUAAAUUAGACUUCAUGUUUAGCAAUAGAAACAAAGCAAUAUAAAUUUAUUAGAAAUGCAUUUAUACCAUAUUAAAAUGAUCAAUGAUCAAAGUGUAGAACUUUAGCGUAUGAUUCUAAUCACUAUCAUUCCAUUUACUAAUUCAAGUUCUUUGAGGAGACUAUUGUGACAAUCAAAUUAACUGUUUCUCCUAUUCAGUGGAGAUUGUUUUGUAAAAAUCUAAUGAAGACAAAUAAUUUCAGUUUGAUCAGAAAAUAUAAGAGAGAAAUCAUAUCAAAUGGUCUUGUCCAUAUACAGAUAAUUUCUGUUCUCCCACUUGUCUCCACUGAGAUGCUAAAUCCUUGCUUCCGAACCAAAAUAUGCAAUCUCUAUGUAUCUCUUUCUCUAUUAUAUGUCUUGCUGCCCAUAAAGAAAAAAGACAUUGAAUCUACUAAAGUGUUGUUGUUUUUAAAACCGAUUUGUAAAUAACAAUAAUAAUAAUAAUAAUAAUAAUAAUAAUAAUGAUAAUAAUGAUAAUAAUAAUAAUAUUUUAAUUUGUAUACCGCCCUUCUCCCGAAGGACUCAAUAAACAAUAUCCAACAAAAUGAACAGGAGAAUCACUGCCUAAUAAUGUUUAAGCAUAUUUUAAAAAAUUUAAAAACCAGUUUUGCUUGAUUUUUAUAUUACUUAGAUUACUGUAAUCUAAGGUAUUUUGAAACAGUAAUCUUAAAAAAUAAUAUAUACAUUCAACGGAAAGUGUGUUUUGAAUUCUUUUAAUAUUGUCAAUUGAUAGUCUCCUGAGAGUAAAACAAAGUUAUAAUUCUUCAUACUAACCUCAAGAAAACAUGUUUUCAUUCAUUAUUCAGAAGUAGUAGAUUUGAAUUAGUUCUGCUGUUUAGAAACAGUAGAGUUUUCCCAUUCAGUGUGACAUAAAAUAAAUGGUAUUUUCACAAAGCACAUGAAUAAUUAGUUUCUAGAAAGAUAUACUAUAAAAUAGAUUUUGUGUUCAUAGAAAAUUGGUUCACACCAGAGGUGAGUUCUACUUACCUUUACUACCGGUUUGCAACGGGACCUGCACGCGCGGUUGCUUUGCUUGCGCAUGUGCGCUUCUGCGCAUGCGCAGAUCACCCAUGAUGACAUUGUGGUGGGUGAGCAGAGCCUCCUGCUGGUUUUACUACCAGUUCUAUAGAACUGGACCGAACCGGGAGCAACCCACUACUGGUUCACACCUAUUUAUGGCAUAUAUGAGUAUACUAAAUGAAUAGAAGGAUUAAUGAGGUAAUGAAUUAUUCAUGUUAAUGUGGUUAAUGUGUUAAUUCAUGUUAAUGUGGUUCCUCAAAUAUGUCAAUUCAUACUACAGUAGCAGUGGUGAUACAUGAGUGAAAAUACACACCAAAAAAAAUCCCAAAAUUUGGAAAAUAACCACAAACAUGGAAUGGAAUUUUGGGGUUGUACAACCUAUUUUUUAAAAUUAUUCAGCGCUUGUUGAUGACACAUUGACUCUAUUAUCCCAUAAAUAGGUUGGUAUUUAUUAAAAAGUUCAGUAUGACUAGAGAAAUGCGGUACGAUAAGAGAAUCUGGAUUCAAAUGUAGGUAAUUCCUUCCCUAAGUGGUUCUCUUAUAAUUUAGCAGAUAAUCUGUGAGAUUUUUUCCCCUAUCCCGCCUGAUUAUCACUUAGAGCUAUAAAUAGGCUCUGCUCUCUGCCCUUCUUACUCAGUCGGAACCACAAAAUGUUUUCAAUAUGCUCCACAUAACAACUAGAUUUGAUCCUUUGUGUGUGUUAUAUUUGAUAUGUACAGUGCUAGCGAUUGUGUAUCAGUCAGCUGGCAAAUAAUUUAUUUUAUAGGAUAGUUGAAAGUUGUUUUUUUGUCCUUCUGCUUCAACCCCUCACAAUGAUCUUCACCAGCUGAGAAGGGGUUUCUUACAUAGAUGAAUAAACUCUUAAGCUAUAUGUUUGAAAAAAAAUAUUCUUUAACCCUGACCUAUUAACUGUAAGAAAUAGCAUAUCGAGACAUAUAAGCACAUUUGCAAAAAGAGUUUUAAAAGUGUUUAAUAAAAAAUAAAAACCCAAAUGUGCUAUUUUUUAUAAAAUUGAAUACCUUCAUAAUGCUGUAGUUUUCCUGAAAAUUUCCUCUCAUGCUGAAAAAGAACAAUAAUAGUUAUAGACAUUUUUGCUUUACCCAUUUCAUACUAUGAAAGAGCAGAGUUUUCCAAAGUUUUUCCAAAUCCCAUUUGUAAUCUGCAGCGGUGGUGGGAUUCAAUUUUUUUUACUACCGGUUCUGUAGGGGUGGCUUGGUGGGGGUGGCAGGUGAAGGAUACUACAAAAUCCCCAUUCCCUCCCCAUUUCUACUUCUGAGCUGGAACUCGGAAGGCAGAGAAUAGAUGGGGUGGGGCCACCCAGAGGUGGUAUUUACCAGUUCUCCGAACUACUCAAAAUUUCUGCUACCCGUUCUCCAGAACUGGUCAGAACCUCCUGAAACCAACCUCUGAUCUGCAGGACCCAAAUUAGAUCAGAAUAUCAUUGGAUGAGGGAUUAGAGUGUUUCUAAAGCUUCUGACCUUGCCUUCAAAGCAAAAUAACUCUUUUCAGAUACCCCUAAUUUUUACUCAGAAAAAUAUGUUUAUUAUUUAUUUAUUAUUCGUAUUUUUAUACCACCCUUCUCCGAAGACUCAGGGCGGUGUACAGCAGAAAUAAAACAUAAAUAACAAAAACUUUAAAAUACAAUAAACGAUUAAAAAUCUAAUUCAAUAAGCUGAAGAAUUAAAAAUAUCUGAGUAAAAAUAGUAAAAUAAAAUUAAUUCCCUUAAAAUCCCAUUAAAACAUUCAAUUUAAAACUGUAUCAUUAGGCCAGCCCUGCUUGGUGAAAAAGGAAGGUUUUGAGCUCGCGCUUAAAGGUCCGAAGAUCAGGGAGAAGACGUAGCCCCACAGGUAGUUCAUUCCACAGGGCCGGAGCUCCCACAGAGAACGCUCUCCCCCUGGGGGUCGCCAGCCGACAUUGUCUGGCUGACGGCACCCUGAGGAGGCCCUCUCUGUGGGAGUGCACAGGUCGAUGGGAGGUUACUGACGGCAGUAGGCGAUCCCGUAAAUAUCCCGGUCCCAUGCCAUUGAGCGCUUUAAAGGUGAUAACCAGAACCUUGAAUCACAUAUAGAACCCUGAAUCGCAUUGAAUAUAGAAUGUUUGGUCAAAAGAUCCGAUAUUACGAAAAUAUUUUCAAAUAAUGGUCAAAUAUUUUUAAAUCAUCUGCCUUGCUACAACAAAUUAUAUAAUAAUAAUAAUUGUCUACUAUGAAAAAUCAAGGUACACAUACAUUUUAAAAAUAAAAUUAAAUCAGAUGACAAUAACUAUCAUAUUAUUAAAAAUUAAAGCCAGUUUUAAAAUCAUUAUCAGUGUUUUGGCUUUACCACUGGCUUGGUGAUAUGUCUUGGUGAGAAUUUUAUAUAUUUAAGAAUCAUAAUUCUGACAUUUACAUUGUUUUUGUAAU